AUGAAACUACAACAGAAAGGUGAUGUAAAGAACUUCGAAACCUCACUGCCUGUUAGCGCCACCGAAGCUCGAACGAUACCCGGUUCCACUUCUAGUGAGUUUCUCACUAGUAUUGACUGA